GGCCUAACUAGAGCACACAGGAGCUUCAGCAGUCACCCGGCAGACAGUGGCUCAGCCUAGCAGAGGGAAGGCUGAGGCAGAGUGUGGCCCUGGAGAUUGACCAUCAAGGCUGAAUGUACUUGGGCCAGCAUUUGCUGUCUUCUUCUGGGAUUUGGAUGGGUGUCAAACCUGGGAUGGAUUAAAGCGUCUCUAAUGAGACGGAAAGAGGGGUGCUGGUCCUGUCACCUGACUGCCACUGUGAGCCUACAGACCCCUGCCAGGACAGCAUGAGUGAUCAGGAAAGGGAGACAGAAGAUGAGGGCUGGGGCACCUCAGAUACAGCACCCAUGCUGCCCCGAAGGCCUGCUGAUCACCGGACCUCGGCCAAGACCUACAUACAGCUGCCAGGCCUGGCUACCAGAAGCCUCCGGACCCUGCUGCUGUUAGGCCAGGCUGUGGCCUGGCUCCUGCUUCACUUGGUGCUGCCCGGGACAGUCUUCCUGCUGGUGUUGCUGCCUGCAGCAGCUGUGGUCUACUUGGGAUUCUUGUGUCACUCAAGGGUCCACCCGGCUCCCGGCCCCCAUUGCCGCGCGCUCCUCUCGGACCGCGGUUCCGCGGCGCUCAUCGUGUUCGGCUUCCUCUUACUGCCACCGCUGCUCGUGGUCGCCUCGGCCGCCCGCGCCCACCUGAUGCGGCGCCUCCGCCCACUGCUGUUGCCCUCCGCACGGACCCCCGAACUCCACUCCAACAGUGAAGAGCACCUCUGCGCCUGUGUGUGACGCCCGGGAGGACCCCGAGUUCCCCUGUGUGAUCUCCACAAAGUGGUCCUAGGUCGGAAGCGGGGCGGUGUUGGCCUGGAGGCUGCAAACGUGCAGUACCCGGGUGACCACCAGGUGGCACCGGACUCCUGUGACCUGGAUCGGCCCUCCCGCCUCGCUCUCCGGGUCCCUGCUUGGGACGCAUUGGGUCACCAAAGGCCACCAUGGUUUCAGGGCCUGUCCAGGGCCGCGGCCAGCCCCAGCCCGAAUCAGGACUCACUGUGGCAGGGCUCCCAAUGCCUGCGAGCUGAAGUAAGAGCUUAGUCUAUUUUUCUGAGUAAUUUUAAGAUCUCUCUUUGUCUUUGGCAGUUUACAGUUUAACUAGCAUGUUUCUAGGUGUGGAUAUGUUUUUCCCCGUUACUAGAAUUGAGCUUAGGACCUCAGAUGAGUAGGCAGGUGGGCUACUUUCCUACUUUAUUUUGGUUUGGUUUUUUGGGGGGUCUCAUAAGUCUCUAAAUUGCCCAGGGUGGGUUCAGAUUUGCAGUCAGGCUUCCUGCCUCAGCCUUCCAGAGUGCUGGUGUUACAGGCCAGCACCAUCACUUCCAGCUCCCAGAUCUUCUUUCUUUUGAGUCAAGAUCUUGCGAAAUUCCCCAGACUGGCCUUGAUCUUUGGUGCCCUCCCCAUCUUCAGAGUGUGAGCCACUGUUCCCACCUUGGGCAUGUUCUUGAUGAUCCUGUGUGGUAUACAUGAUUGUAUUUUCUGUUUCUGCCGAUUCAUGUCUUCCAGCAGUUAUGAAGCAUUCCCAGUUCUCAGUCGGUCUCUUCAGUUUUGCCUCCCAUUCACUUUACAUUCUUUCACUGUUUCCUCUUUUUUUUUUUUGUCUUUUUCCUUUUUAUCGGUACGGGGGAUCGAACUCACCACUGCCUGCUUGCAAGGCAGGCGCUUAUGCCGCUGAGCUAAAUCCCCAGCACCAACUGUUUCCUCUUUUUUCCCUUGUCAAAUUAGUCUUUUGUGUGUGUUCUGUUUCUGGGCAGCAUUCUAGGCAAUUCCUUCAGGUCUUCUCCCAGUUUACUAGAAUUUGUUCCUUAUAUCUAAUCUGCCAUUUAAAUUUUCUAUUAUAUCUAAAAAUUAUGUUUGGUCCUUUUUCAGAUUUAUUGGAUAAAUGGGGGGGGGGGGAAUACCAGGAAUUGAACUCAGGAGCUUGUGUUUGCCAGACAAAUGCUGUGCCACUGAGCUAAAUCCAUGGACCUGAGCUGAUAGAUUCUGAUGAUCUCUGUGCAUGCUCACUUUUUGGAUACCAACUCUGAUUUUUUUGUUUGUUGUUUUUUUUUUGAGAUUGGAUCUUGCUAUGUAGUUCAGGCUGGCCUUAAACACACUAUGUAGGGUGAAAUAGUGCAGUGUUUCUUUGAAGGUUGGCAAUUAUUUUGGGAUGGUGGGGCAGGAAUUCUAAGGCCUCAUCUGUGUUAGCUGGCAUCAAACUUGUGAUCAUCCUACUUCAGUCUCCCAAGUAGUUGGGGUUACAGGCAUGUGCCACCACGUCUAGAGUUCAUUUCUUGUAGUGUUUAAUGUAACAGGAGGGCUUUGAGAUAUUUACUUUCAUAUAAGCCCAGCGUGUGUUCAAAAUGUGUGAUUAGUGUAAUUCACCCAGAAGAACCUAGCUGUGGCUAAAAGGCCUUUUAAAUGACACCACACAGCAUGUUGCCAGCAGGGCUCAGCCUGUGACUUGCAGGGUCGGGGUUCUGCCUGUGACCAAGGUCACGCACGUUCUGUGGCCUCAAGCAGAGACCAGUGUGUAGCUGGGUGAGGUCCAGUGGGUGUCUGGGGGUUUUCCAACCUUCAUCUGUGUCCAGCUUUGAUGCUUUUCCUGAGCAGACGGAGCCAGCCAGUCGCCAAGCCACCUAGGAGGGCUUCCCUUGGGCCCUGGCCACCUUCCUUCCCUUCCUGCCACAGGCUGGACAGGCUCUGGCUGCAACCAGGAGUUCAGGAUGAGGGCUCCCCUGGGAAGCCCUUGGCCGAGUCUGCCUGGCCCCAUGGUUGUCAAAACAACAGCUGGGUUUGGUGGGGGUGGGGAGGUGAGUGGGAGCUCCAGGCUGCAAGCUGAACCUUGAGUUCUGCCCUGGCAGCUGGCUGCCUGAGGUGGCUGGUUUGAGAAAGGGGUUUCCCAGCUUGCUAGGUCUGUUAGGGCCCCAGACAGCCUCCAGCUGGCCCUGGGGACCUCUAAUAGAGACAAGUGGGAUUACCUUCCUCACCCCAGUGUGCAGACCUGCUUUCAGUGGACCAUUGUAAGAGUCUUGUGUGGCAGCACAAGCCUGGAUCAUAACCAUACUUAACAGGCUGAGGCAGGGUGAUCCUUUAAAGGCACCUGGGCUGUAUGGCAAGUUCCAGCCUUGCCUGGCCUACACAGCAAAAGCCUGUCUCAAAAAUUUAAAAAACCCCAAGGAUUAAACUUCUAAGUUCAUUAGAAAUAUUACAGGCAGUCAGCAAGAGCUGGGUCCUCAAGAGAGUUAGGGAAAGGAUGAACACUUAUUAAAACCAUGCUGGAGGCACAUCUGUUGGAGGCCAGGCCUUGAGAUAAAUGGUAACUGCUGGUCUAAUGAAGCCUAGAUAGACAUAGGUGGGUGACCAAGACCCUUGGACUCAUCCCUUCCUGAAGAGUUCCUUGUUCUUUCCAUGGGGACUUGCUACAUGACUUGCUUCCCCAUUGGAUCACUAUUACCUAAGCAGCUACACAUGUAAUCUUAUUGGUUGGUCACAGCUAUAACCCACGUUGUACCCAUGUGGUUGUGCUGUAUUAAACUUCCCCUGAGAAGUGGGCUCCUUGCAGACCCACUUGGGGCCCCUCCUGCCUCUCCGAUGCUCUCCCUCCCUCUCAGUAAAUAUUUCCUAAUCCUUA